AUUUAAUGCAAAUAGAUUUCUCUUUUUCCCGUUGGCUACUUCUUUUUCUUUUUCCUAUUUUCUUUCCUCUUCUAUACUCACUCCCGAUUUCCCUUUGCCCCCUCUUUCUCAGCUUCUAUUCCUGUGUUGUGAAUUUAUCUAUAUUCAGUAAUACAACUCAUUUCAGAUUUACAUGCGGAUACAAUUCUGGCUAUCUGUAGUUCUGCCAGCAAAGAAUUAAAUGGAGUGGCUAGUAAUCAUCGUUACAUUGGUUAUGCUGUGGGUGGCUUCACUCUUCAAAAUUCUCCACGAAUCUCUGUCUGCCUCACAAGUUGAAGUUUUAAAUGAUGGUGGAGUUCGUUGCAAGAGAAAUGUCUUGUUGGUUAUUGCCCAUCCUGAUGACGAGUCUAUGUUCUUUACUCCAACCAUUAAUUAUCUGUCUUCGAGAGGAUGUAAUUUGCACAUAUUAUGCAUGUCAACAGGUAAUGCAAAUGGUAUGGGCAAUGUCAGAAAAGAAGAACUUUAUUUAGCCUCGAUUAUGCUUAAGGUUCCACAAAAGCAAGUGAAAGUCCUUGACCAUCCAGAUCUACAGGAUGGUUUUGGCAAAUCAUGGAACUCUAAGUUAUUGUCAAAGAUUAUCAAGGCGGAAAUUGUCAAUUCCGCAAUUGAUUUGGUCAUAACUUUUGAUAAUUAUGGAGUCUCAGGUCACUGUAACCAUCAAGAUGUUCAUCAAGGUGUACGAAAACUUUGGCAAGAUACUUCACAUAAAGAAGUUGAGGCCUGGGAGCUUGUUAGCACUAGCAUAUGGCGCAAGUACAGCGGACCAGUUGACAUAUGGUUGUCCCUCCUAUCUGCCAAGUUCCAUUUAAGUGGAGUGGUGCAUUGCUUUCUAAAUGAACAUCCCAGAAGGAGCUUAGCUGCAAUGGCUCGGCACAAGAGUCAGUGGGUUUGGUUUCGCAAGCUAUUUGUUUCUUUCUCAAGUUACACAUACGUUAACUGCGUUAGGAAGAUCAACUAGAUACAUGUAAGGUUAUUGGUUCAAGAAGACACUCGAAAGGAAGAUCAACUAGAUAUUGGUUCAACAACACUUGAAAUGGGAAUGGUAAGUAAGACCACUCGGUGGAUCAUCUAAGCUGAAGUCCCUCUCUCUCGUGUGAGCUUUUCUUUGAAAAACUUAAGAUAGAUUAAAAAUUGAAGGAGUGUUAGAAUUUUGGUU